AUGGAACAAAAUUUACCAGUAAUCGCCAAGAAAGUAUGGAGCUUGAUGCGAGUCAUGUUGUUGAUGUUAAAAAAGGGAAUUUCCAAAACUAAAUUCUUGUCUGAUGUCAACAUGAUGAUGAAACGUGGCAAGAUCGCCGGAAAAGCCUUACACAACCUUCUGUUCCACCACCACCACAACUGGGCGGCUUCCACCGUCCACCGCCGCCCCCACCACCUCUCUGCCACCCAUUCCCCACCACCACCAGGUGAAUACGAGCUCAACAAGAAACACCAAAACAAUCACCACUCCGCCACCACCCCACCGGCCAUAGACGACGGUGAUGAGAUAAUUAUCACUCCGGCGGUUAUGAAGGCCCUGGAGAUGCUGACAAGCGCCGCAGCGUCUCCGGCGGCACUGCCAGCUGGAUUUUGGAAGAGCCCAAAGGUUAAGCAGCUGAGGAUAACGGACUCGCCGUUUCCGUUAAGUAACGGUGACGAUGACGGUAAGGUGGACGAGGCCGCAGAGAAGUUUAUAAUGAGGUUCUAUAACGAUUUGAGACGGCAGAAUUAA